AUGGGGCCGCCGCUCGCGCUGCUGCUGCUGCUGCUGCUUCUGCCGCCGCGCCCGCCAGCCGCGCCCGCGCCCCUCGCCCGGCCGCACCCGGGGCUCCUCGGGUGCUUACUGGAAGAUCGCCUUUGCAGACCCUCCGAGACCUGUGUCGAUGACGGAGUGUUCGGGAGGUGCCAGAAGGUCCCCAUAGCAGACAUCUACCGCCAUGAAGGGCUGCCGGGGGCCCAGCAGCGCCUGAGGGCCACCUUGCAGGAGCUGUCCCACAGAGGUUUCACGUGGCAGGAUGACCCCGCCCAGCACCUGCUGGCCCAGGAACGGCCGCACCUCCCCAGAACCCACCUGCGGCCUCCUGAGGCUGCCCACCAAGCCAGGGGCUCAAAGCCAAGUGCCGGUGACGAAAGGGGGUACAGUCCGGAGAGCGACCUCGCGCUGGCCAAGGCCCUUGAGCACUACCUGCCGUACCUGGAGGCCCUGUCCCAGGCCGCGGCCCCGGAUGAGCUCCCCAGGAUGAAGCAGGACAGACGAGCCGCUCAGGGUGAGGACCCACAGGCCGACAGCAUGCUGACCUACGCCACCGCCGCCCGGGCCGAGCACCCCGAGGGCCACCCCCCGCAGACCCUCAGCCAGAUCCAGCCCCAGGAGCUCGGCCCGAAGGGGGACGGCAGGGUGCAGAAGCGCACUCUGAUCGGGAAGCUGAUCGCCUACUUGGCCAUGAUGCCUGCCUCCCCCACCAAGGCCGGGCCCCUCACGCCCUACGAGCUCAUGCGCAUGCCUUGGAGAAUCUCACGGAAACGGCUCUCACCCUCAGAAGAUGCCAACGACCUCCCGGGCCCGGGCGAUGGAGCACUUACCGCAAAUCUCCUGAAGGACCCGAGACAGCACCAGAUGGACAUGGAGACACGGAGCCCCCCGGACCUCGACGAGGUGGCCCGGGUGAUCGCUGACGCCGUGCACAGUGUGGGCACAGAGAAGGAACGGGGACCCUGGGGAGGAGCCGGAGGAGAGCCCGUGGAGCCGGCAGACAGCUCGGAAGCAGCGCUCCUCCAGGAUGGGGACGUGGGCAGGGACAGUGUGCAAGGGAGCAGCCUGCGGGACGGCGGUGCUCCAGGGCUCGGCGAGCUCAGCCCUGUGAGCCUCCAACUUGGGGAUGCCCUUCAGGAUCCUGGGUCUCGACUCCCAGCUGCAGGCCCACCUCCUGUGGAGAGCAAGAAGUCGGGGGACCCCGAGGCCUCCUUGUCCUCGGAGGAGGACACUGCCGGGGUGGAGAACGUGAAGAGUCAGACCUACUCCAAAGAGCUGUUGACAAGGCCGCCACACGUGGAGCCCAGGGUCGACGGGUUCGGGGAGCUCCCACACUGGGUCCCCAGACCGCAGCAGGAGGACCUGCGCCUGGGAACAGGAGCUGAGGGACACCCCGUCAACGGUCUGCGACUGGAAGUCAAGUCUCCUGAGGAGGAGUACGGCUACAUCGUGACAGAAAAUGACCGCCUGAGCCUGGAGCAGGGGAAGGAGCUGCUGAAGGACAUCGCUCGCCUGCUUGAGGUGCCAGCAGUUGCCGUCACAGACACCGAUGUCCUGGGACCGGCCGUGACCUUCAGAGUGGGAGCCAACGACCAGAACGUGACGACUGUGGAUGUGGCGAAGGCAGCAGUCGACAACAAGGACGACCUGCAGAGAGCAUCCGGGCUGAAAAUUCUCCAAGCCGGAGUGGGGUCGAAAAGCAAACUCAAGCUCCUGCCUCAGCAGGCCGAGCCGGAGGACUCCACCAAGUUCAUGGUGCUCACCCUGCUGUCCAUCGCCGCCAUCGUGGGCAUCCUGCUGGCCUCAGCCGUGGUCUACUGCCUGCGCCACGACUCCCACCACCGGCUCAAGGAGAAGCUCUCCGGCCUGGGGGGCGGCCCGGGCCCCGAUGCCACCGCCGACUACCAGGAACUGUGCCGCCAGCGCAUGGCCGUGCGCACGUCUGACCGCCCGGAGGCCCCGCACGUGUCCCGCGUCAACAGCGUGUCCUCACAGUUCAGCGACGGGCCGAUGCCGAGCCCUUCUGCACGGAGCAGCACCUCGUCCUGGUCCGAGGAGCCGGCGCUGCCCAACAUGGACAUCUCCACCGGCCACAUGGUCCUGGCCUACAUGGAGGACCACCUGAGGAACAAGAACCGGUUGGAGAAGGAGUGGGAGGCGCUGUGUGCCUAUCAGGCGGAGCCCAACAGCUCGCUCGUGGCCCAGAGGGAGGAGAACCUGCCCAAGAACCGCUGCCCGGCCGUGCUGACCUACGACCACUCCAGGAUCCUGCUGAAGGCGGAGAACAGCCACAGCAACUCGGACUACAUCAACGCCAGCCCCAUCAUGGACCACGACCCCAGGAACCCCGCGUACAUCGCCACCCAAGGACCGCUCCCCGCCACCGUGGCCGACUUCUGGCAGAUGGUGUGGGAGAGCGGCUGCGUGGUCAUCGUCAUGCUGACCCCCGUGUCGGAGAGCGGCGUCCGGCAGUGCUGCCACUACUGGCCUGACGAGGGCUCCAACCUCUACCACGUCUACGAGGUCAACCUGGUCUCCGAGCACAUCUGGUGUGAGGACUUCCUCGUGCGGAGCUUCUACCUGAAGAACCUGCAGACCAGCGAGACGCGCACGGUGACCCAGUUCCACUUCCUGAGCUGGUAUGACCAGGGGGUGCCGUCCUCCACGCGGUCUCUGCUGGACUUCCGCAGAAAAGUAAACAAGUGCUACAAAGGCCGUUCUUGCCCAAUAAUUGUUCACUGCAGCGACGGUGCAGGCAGGAGCGGCACCUACAUCCUGAUCGACAUGGUUCUCAACAAGAUGGCCAAAGGCGCCAAAGAGAUUGACAUCGCGGCCACCCUGGAGCACCUGAGGGACCAGAGGCCGGGCAUGGUCCAGACGAAGGAGCAGUUCGAGUUCGCGCUGACGGCCGUGGCGGAGGAGGUGAACGCCAUCCUCAAGGCCCUGCCCCAGUGAGCGCCGCCCGGCCUGCCGCCCGGCUGGGGACCGCGCUGUCCACGUGUCUUCAGCACAACUGCCUCCUCCUAGGGCCCUGAAACCCCCGUAGUCACUACCGCUUAGCAGUUCAAACAUGUAUUUCUGUCCAACCCAGUACCGAUAGAGGUGUGUGGGAACGCCCGGUUCUGGGGGCCGCCCGUCCAUCCGUCUUCACCGUCCCGGGAAUGACUCCGUUUUCCUUCAAGCUCAACCCUCGUCCUCAGUUUGCGAUCCCAGUGUGAGCGUGUGGCUCCCGCCCCUGUGAGGUCGUGGCAUCGGCCACCGGUAACGCCCUGGGGCUGGGGCGCUGGCCCGAGGGCCCAUAGGAGGCGCGGGGCACAGAAACACACCUGCCAUUUGCUUAAGACGUUCACCCCCGGGAGGAGCCACCGGCUCACCCAGGAGCCGGACGGACAGAACGGCUGACCAGUAAUGAGAAACUCGGAACAGCGGCUCCAUUCUGCUCGUAGGGGGCUGCUGACACCUCCCCGGGGGCUGCUCACAGCCCGGCACCCUCCAGCCCCCCCAAAGGACGGGCAGGGGUGUCCCGGGGGGGAACAACGGGUCACCCUGGCCAGGUUGUAGGCGAGCCCACCCUCGGGACGGGUUCUUAGACAGAUGGAUCCGCACACUGUGAAGACACGACGCUUCCCCGCGGGACGUGCCGUGAGGGGCCCAGAGAGCUCGCUCCCCUCAGGCGCCCGCCGUCCCUCUCGGGGUGCCCUGGGCCCUGCGGGCGUCCAGAGAAGGCCGUGGAUGCUUUCCCACGGGGUCAGCCACCUUUUUCCUUCAGCGACGUGAGAUCUUAGCAACCGGGGGGAAGUGGGAGCAAGAACGACCCCGGGCCUCCUCCGGGGGCCAGGCCCCAGGUCACUGAGGUCGGCCCCCGGCUGGACAUCCUGCAGAGGGCGCAGCGAGAGGUGGUUAGGACACCUGAGCGUCCCCCCACCCCGGAGGGAGAAGAACCUGUUCCCUUAAACUCAGACCCGUCCAAGAAGGCUUCACGUGGGGGUUGGGUACAGACCGGGCCCCGGGCCCCUCCCCCCUGCACACGUCCUUGCCUCCCGGAUACAUGUGACACCCCAACACCGCUGCGCAGAGAGUGACCUGCUGAGUGGGGAGAAAGAUGCCAAACUUCUGUCUGUGUCUUUAACGAUGAAAACACUUCCUCGCUGACGCGUCGUGUGUGAACCGCUGUUCCCUCCCCCGUGGUCCUUCCAAACAAUCAGUAGAAACCCAUCCGAACCUAGGACGCUGUGCGUGCGUGUGAUUCCCCACCCCUGUCUCCAGGCCAACCCCGCAGCGCGAGAGGGAAGGUGAUUGCGCCAGA